AUGUGACUCAUUGAUGGGCGCAUUUUGGGGGAGGAUAAAUUCAAGGCCACCUUGCAGCCAACCCACAUCUUCAUCUCGUAUUCACAACCCAAACACAUACAUCAUGGUCAAGGUAGUCACCACAGCCGACGAAUUCAACCAGAUCAUCAAGGACAAUGAAAUUGUCAUUGACUUUCACGCCACAUGGUGCGGUCCUUGCAAGAUGAUCGCUCCCAAGUUUGAAGAAUUUUCCAAAAAGUACUCCAAGGCUGUUUUCAUCAAGAUUGAUGUCGAUGAAGUACCGGAAGUUGCCGAAAAGGCUGGUGUUUCUGCCAUGCCUACCUUCCACAUCUACAAGAAUGGUCAAAAGGAGGCCGAGAUUGUUGGUGCCAACCCUGCGAAGCUGGAGGGGGAGAUUUCAAAGUACGCUCACGCUCAAUAGAUGUGCUUGAGGGACGCUCUUGUUGUUGCUGGGAGGGAUCAAGUGUGUAUCCGUGCAUUGUUUGUAUAUCUUCAUAAUUAGCACAGGUGCUGGUGCAAAAUGGUUGUGUGCAUGUUUCCAUGACGGCGUAAAGCCGAGUACGCUGGUUGUGUUUCUUUAGUACUUUUAACGUCCCUGUCCCCGUUCAACACCUGGUCGCGUACGCUGUGUUGUAGAUAUGAAGCCAUACUUUGCCAAUGUAACGAGUUUGGGAGCUUGAAUUUUGUGGUCAUUAUAAAGAACAAAAGGGAUACUUGUAUCCGACAUCCAAGAGACUGUGGCUUGCUUAACAGAACGACAAAUAACCAAUACGAGAUGGCCACUCUGAAUGCCACUAAAUGUCAAAGCGCGAC